AUGUCGAAACGCACCACCUUCACCACAAUCUCCCCCUUGCCCGCCGGCAUAAGUCGCGAGGCCGUCCUCGACUUUCUUCACAACCACCUCGAGAUGAUCGACCUGAACCCUCUGAUCAAGGAGCGCCAUGUUAUCAGCCCACCCGCCCAUGCACCUCCCGAGGAGCACUCGUGCGUAUGGUACUCUCUCACCGACGAGAUUUCCUACCUCCCCGGCGGCUUGGCUACCGGCGACGUCACCUACACCUGCGCCUUCCACGACUUGCCAACCGGCCUGCAGACCCACUGCUACGCUCCGAUGGGUCUCGAGAUCCGGGACAAGUGGACCGUCGCCGGCUCUCUUCCGGGUGAACCCAUCGAGCCCGUCGAGCUUGGCAUCGGCGCCCCGCUGACCGGCCUCUACCUCCGUGAAGACGUCGACAUGCGUUGCAACGUCUUCACCUCUUCCUUCGUCAAGAAAACCCUCAAAAAGAGCCACGGCCAGUUGGUCGACCGCAUCAAAUCCAAGAUGCAGCAGGCUUCCGCACAGCAACCUACGGUUACAGGCCCGCCGUUCAGUCCCUUCCAGCUACCCUCCACCUCGCACGCCCGGCAUCACAGCCAGAACUCUCUAUCCGCAUCCUACACCUCCGGCUCAAACGCACAUAGCCCGCCGCAACCUCCAUUGCAAACCCAGCAUGCCCCGAGCUACGCGACACUCGGGAACCAAAUGAACCUCCCUUACAGACCAUCCUGUAACAAGUCUCUGCCGGCCACCCCGGAUGACGAGAACAAGAGCGCCUAUCCGCAGCCUCUACACGUUCGCCACACCUCCAAAGGCAGCAUUCCGGCACACGAGCCCUCGUGGCCUGCCAUCAAGUCGCAGCCAGGUGCUCGUAACAACUACGUCCACACAAAUUACUCCGACUUAAACAACAAGUCGUACGAGGUCAAAUCGCCGCCCCAGUCGGUAUCCCAGGCGGCAUACGCACCAAAUGGUGACGCAAAUCAACGCGCUGGGCGCCAACAAUCUGGUCCUUUUAUGGCCGAGCUGGAGUGA